AUGUGGAACAAUCCUUCAAGAGCAUGGAUGUACAAUCGGAUCGAUCCGUUCACUAAUCAUAUCUCAUCGGAUUAUUCGGCGGGAGUUGAAGAGUUCAUUGAUUUUGCCUGUAGCCAUGCACAGAAUAGCAGAGGUAGGUUUUACUGCCCUUGUGUAGUAUGUCACAAUUCGAAGUCUUUGAAAGCUGCCUCUGUUUCGAAUCAUUUGCUAAGUAGGGGGUUUAUGCCUAACUAUUAUGUAUGGUAUGAACAUGGUGAAGAUUAUGAUGUUGUUGGGGAGGGAACUAGUAGUCAUUAUGCUAAUAAUACAGAUUAUGCUAGUGCUAGUGAACCAAUAGGAUUUGAUGGGGAGAAUAUAUAUGCUGGGAUGGUGAAUGAUGCAUUUCAUGGUUCUGUACCAUAUAACGAGUAUCAUGAACAUGAAAGUGGAAAUGAUCAUGUUCAUGAACAACCCACCCAAGAAGCAAAACGGUUUUAUGAUAUGCUAGCUGCUGCAAACACGCCACUGUAUGAUGGAUGUCGGGAAGGGCAGUCGCAGUUAUCGUUGGCAGCUCGGUUCAUGAACAAUAAGGUCGACUACAAUUUGUCUGAAAAUUGUAUGGAUUCAUGGACAGGACUGUUUACGGAGUAUUUACCAGAGGGUAAUCAGGCAACCGGUUCAUACUAUGAGACGGAGACUUUGAUGCGAAAGCUAGGAUUACCGUGUCGUACAUAUGAUGUAUGUAUAGAUAACUGUAUGCUCUUUUGGAAAGAUGAUGAGAAGUUGGAGCAUUGCAAGUUCUGCGGCAAACCAAGGUAUAAGGCUAGUGAAGGAAGAACAAGAAUACCGUUCAGUAAGAUGUGGUAUUUACCGAUUGCGGAAAGACUGAAGAGAAUGUACCAAUCUGAGAAGACUGCAGCUUUUAUGAGAUGGCACGCUGAGCACAGCUCUAAGGAGGGAUUAAUGUGUCAUCCUUCAGAUGCGGCUGAGUGGAAGAAUUUUCAGCAAUUGCAUCCCUCAUUUGCAGCAGAACCGCGCAAUGUUUAUCUUGGAUUAUGUACAGAUGGUUUCAAUCCUUUUGGGAUGUCGAAACACCAUUCAUUAUGGCCAGUGAUAUUGACUCCAUACAACUUGCCUCCUGGGAUGUGCAUGAACACAGAGUAUUUGUUUCUGACGAUUUUGAAUUCAGGACCGAAUCAUCCACGAGCUAGUCUUGACGUUUUUCUCCAACCAUUGGUCGAUGAGUUAACAGAGUUAUGGUAUAAUGGAGUGGAGGCAUAUGAUGUGUCCUUAGAUCAAAAUUUCAACCUUAAAGCUGUCCUUUUGUGGACUAUCAGCGAUUUCCCAGCAUAUGGCAUGUUGUCAGGAUGGACAACACACGGAAGAUUAGCUUGCCCAAUUUGUAUGGACGAUACAAAUGCAUUUCAAUUGCCAGCUGGUAGGAAGACAUGUUGGUUUGAUUGCCACAGGAGAUUUCUUCCUGCUAAUCAUCCAAUGCGAAAGGAUAAAAAACACUUUCUCAAAGGCAAACACGCAGUGAACGACUAUCCACCGCAAUAUUUGACGGGUGAACAGGUCUUACAUGAGCGUAUAAGAAAUGCCGAGCCGCCAAAGACUUCUGACUGCGGAGGAAAUGGGCAUGAAAAUAAAGUGGAUGGUUAUGGAAGUUGGCAUAAUUGGCACAAAGAAAGCAUCUUGUGGAAGCUCCCGUAUUGGACCGAUCUUAACUUACGACACAAUCUUGAUGUGAUGCAUAUUGAGAAAAAUAUUCUCGAUAAUCUCAUGUACACUGUUAUGAAUGUGAAAGACAGAUCAAAAGACAAUGUGAGGUCCCGAUUGGAUGUUGCAAGAUUUUGUGAUCGAAGUCAAUUGCAUGUUGAUGCUGGUGGGAGAGCUCCUUUUCCUAUUUGGAGAUUGAGUGCGAAAGGGAAAAAAAGCCUACUUCAAUGGGUCAAAGAAGAUGUUAAAUUUCCAGAUGGGUAUGUAGCUGAUUUAGCUAGUUGUGCAGACAUCAAGGAUGGAAAGUUUUCAGGAAUGAAAAGCCAUGAUUGCCAUGUCUUUAUGGAACGAUUGCUUCCAUUUGUGUUUGCAGAGUUGUUACCACGUGACGUCCAUCUUGCAAUAUCAGGGAUUGGAUCAUUUUUCCGUGACUUAUGCAGUCGAUCAUUGGAGAUAAGUCAUGUCCAAGUCCUGAAAGCGAAUAUUGUGAUGAUUUUGUGCAAUUUGGAGAAAAUAUUCCCACCUUCGUUCUUUGAUGUCAUGGAGCACCUUCCUGUACAUCUACCAUACGAAGCCGAACUUGGUGGUCCAGUCCAGUAUAGGUGGAUGUAUCCCUUCGAAAGGUUUUUCAAACGCUUGAAAGGGAAGGCGAAGAACAAAAGAUAUCCAGCGGGAUCAAUCGUUCAAUCAUAUAUUAAUGAUGAGAUAUCAUACUUCUCAGAACACUACUUUGCUUCAACCAUUUCUACAGCUAGUAGAAGGAGGUCAUUGCGAUAUGAUGCGGGUGAGGUUCCUGUAUAUCUAGUACCCGUACCAGAUAUAUUCACUCAAAUCGGUCGUCCUAGUGGCCAAGUUACAGAGUUUUGGCUGUCUGAUAAAGAUCAAAAAUGCGCACAUGCAUAUGUAUUGCGGAAUUGUGAUUACUUUCGUCCCCUAGAGAGUGUGUUGGACGAUCAAAUUCGGUAUGAAUAUCCAGAACUCACUGAUGAUGAAGUCACAUCGAAAAGAGAUGAAGAUUUUAGCGAUUGGGUUUGCCAAUAUGUGUCUACAAUGAAACAUAUCCAAAGUUUUCCUCCAUGGGUUCAUGAAUUGGUUGAUGGUCCAGAAAACAAAGUCAAGUCGUGGCCCAUGUAUUUUACCAGAGGUUACAUGUUUCACACGCGUGAACACGGGCAGACGAAAAAGACAAUGAAUUAUGGGGUAUGUGUCCGAGGGCAAAAUUAUUCUGAAGCAUCUAUGGAGGAUGAUUUUUUUGGGACCAUUGAAAACAUAAUCGAGCUCGAGUAUCCUGGCAUUAUUAACCUAAAGAUAACACUUUUCUACUGUGACUGGUUUGACCCAACGGUUGGCAAAGGUUCUCAAGCUGAUCAAGUGUGUUAUCUGUCAUAUCCAUACACUAAACGACCUCGCAAAUCGUGGCUUACAGUGUGCAAAGUUAAUCCGAGGAAUGUUGUUCAAGGGAAGUUUAACGAUGAUGAUUUGGUUAUAUUGCAACAAACUGUUAUUGAGGCAACUCCGACUUUGGUUGAAGAAAUCAUCAUUGAGAGUUUAGUCGACGAGAGUCAUCAAGAUGAACCAAUCGAUUUUGAGAUAGAAGAUGGUGAAGGAGAAGACGAAUUUCAAUGUAACUUGUCAACAUCCGAAGAUGAAGAUGAAGAUGAAGAACUUGCAUAUGAAGACUAA